AUGGUGAUGGUUCUGGCCUCUUGGUAUCAUGACAGUCUGGUUUUUGUAUGUGGGAUGUUUCUUUUGGGAGACUGCAUGAUGGUCAUAUGGCCUAUGGGCUGUAAAUUUUUGUCAGCUAUAUGUGUGAUUUACUAUUUCUCGGGAAGUAGCUCUUCCAGUAUUGGAGCAAUUGUUGGUGGAGUGACUGCUGGCACAGCCUUGCUAUUUUCUGUUUUCCAGCUACCGGCGGUGGCGGCGAGUGUGGCGAUGAGGCGGCCUCACAGCAUUGCCUUGCCAGGUUGCGUUUCAGCUUGUGCGCUUUCUGGUGGCCGCGCGAGUGGCGGCGAGCUGCAGAACUUCCUGAGGCAGCAGCAGCAGGCGAAGACCGCAUGGAACCUGGCGGCCACCACACCGACGGUUGCAGCUCUGAUAUCUUAUUUUGUGCACGGAGAAGCUCUUCCAGUAGACCAGUACUGGAGCAAUUGCUGGUGGAGUGGCUCGUUAUUAUUGGGUUUACCCGUUAACUGA